UGCUCAGGUAGUGACCUUCUUCUUCCUCUCUCUCAGUCGCUUCCUGCAGCUCGCGGUGGGGGGCGUGGCCUGGAUGUAUCAGUGGGCGGAGCCAGACGGCAGCGUCGAGACCUUCGUAACCUGCUGCCUUAUGAGGACCAGAUGAUGUCAUAUCCUGCCACUCAGGGAGGGGGCGGUGUCAAUGACCUGUACUACCAAUCAGAUGACUGGAGGGGGCGUGGCUUGGACCAGGCUCUGCAGCGAUUGGUGGAGAGGGACCAGAUGCGGGAGCAAGAAGAGGAGCAGCGAGCAGCCUACCUCGCCGCUCUGCUCCGCCUACUGAGCGAGGCAGAGAGUACGGGAUUGGUCAGCCCAGGUGACGUGGAGGUGGUGGAGGAAGAGGAGGACGAGGAGGACGAUCAGGGGCCGCCAGGGGACUUCCAAGGCCCGGCACCUCCAGACUACGAUGAGACAGGGCGGGGGCUGAACAUGGGGAGGCCCCCGGCUGCCUGGUGGGGCCUACUGGAGCCCCAGCUGGCUCAGGCUCUGCUGGACAGAAUGGAGCCUCAGUUGGCUCAGACUCUGCUGGAGAGAGCGAGACAGGAGAGACUUCAACAGACUGGACGACUUUCAUCAGGACUGAACCGAGGAGGGGACCAGGAGGCUCUGAGACGUCUGGUUGCUAGGUUACUAUCCAGCAUCGGCCCUAACAAUGCCCCGGUGAUCUCCUCCGGUCGCAGAGCGAGGAGGGACCUGUCCGUCACUGCAGCCAAACCCGCCGGCCCCGCCCACAGGAGAGCCCGUCGUUCCCUUGACGACAUGGUUCCACCGUCGCCUAGCAACGACCCCCCUCUGCUCAGAGUGAAGAGGCUGGAGGAGCAGGAUGACGAGGAAGAGGAGAAGCCCCGCCCCCCUCCCGCCGGGCUGCAGAGGAUGAAACGCAUCGAUAGCAUGGCGAUGGAAGAACUGAAUCAUGGGAGUCGUAGGCGUCGAAGGAGAGCCGCCCUGAACUACGACCCCCAAAUACUGAUCGAUCAGAUUGUGGAAUACAUGAGGGAGUGAGGAGGAGGAAGAGAGGAGAGGAGGAGGAGGAGGAGAGGAGGAAGAGAGGAGAGGAGGAGUAUUUUGUUGUUGUCUUUAAGGACUUUUUUUUUCUUGUAUUGUUUUAGUUUUUUUUGCAGCUUUUAGUAAAAAAUGUAUCAGAUCAGUCGUUUGUUGCUAAAAUGAGAAGAAAAGUGGACAGAGAUUUACUUUGUGAAAACUGUAAUUUCCUAAAAAAAAAAAAGAUUCAAAUUUCCUGGAAAGAACACCAUUCGGUACUAAUUAUGAAAACAACAUAAUUUAAGUAUAAAAUAAUAUGUUUCCACUUAAUUUGAGGUAAUUAUCUCAUUUUCAAGAAGUCUGUGGAGAAAAAUAAAGAUAAAACUUUUCUCCUGGCAUUUCGAGAUACCCCAAGUCUUACACACAUCACAAUGAUGAGUAUCAAAUGGAUAUCUCAAGAUGAAUCAGUCUAAUUUUCAAUAGUUAGGGACAUUUCUGACAUUUAUUGUCAAAAAAAAACAUCAUAUAAACAACAUAAAUAAUAUCCAGAGCCUGGUUUAUAUUUUCUAACAAUAUCUAUGUUGAGAUUAAUCAAUAAUAACAGAGGUUUUUCAUAGAGUCAGCAUCAGAUAAAGAAUCCAUCAUUCCUGUAUAUUUGAGGUGCUAGAAGAUUUAUUUGUCUACAAAGCAGAUCUGUAUAGUGUCAAAAUUGUGCUGAAGCUAAUACUGAAUUUGGGUUUUUUUUACAGUGUAAAUAAUUGCAUCAUCUGCAAAGAGACGGACUCAGUUAAUGGAUUAUUAAACAGCUUAUUAGUAAAAUAAAGAAAAUAGAAGCAGUCCCAGGGUUAAACCUUGGGGAACACCAUUCUCUAUGUUAACUAAAUUGCAUUAAUUGUUGUCAAAAUAAAUUGCUGUUAAACCCUUUAAAUCAGCUGAACAUGUAAAAAUGUAUGGUGACCAGAAAAUUCAACAUGUAUGAAAAAUAAUAUUUAUUAUUAUUUAUUUGGUUUAAAUUCUGGAAAUCAACAAACUCAACAGACCUAACUAAACUGUCACAAAACUCUAUAAAACACCUACGAUUAGUACCAAAUUACUUGUUUUUUGCAGGAAAUCAGAAAUGAAAAGUUCAACGUUUUAAAGUUACCAUUAAAAACACAUUUAUUCUCCAUCCUCCCUCUGUCAGUGUCCAAUUUGGUGAAAGACAGACAGAUGAUGGACAAUGAAGGUAACCGUGGAGAAAGCUCAUCAGCUCUGUGAUUGGUUCUUCUUGUAUUCAUGUACUUCAGCUUGUGUGCAUCAGCUGUGUGUCUGUCUGUGGAGAAACAAAGAUCUUUUAUUUAUCUCACACUCUGAAUUAAAGUCAGUAUCCACCACAAA